AUGACUUGGUCGGUUUUCAGAUCCAUUAACUCUCCGACACUCGACCUCUCCGCCGCAUUUCGUUCCACUCGCCGCCCAUUGGUCACUGCCGGUGUCGGCUGCGUAACGUUCACUGGUGUUACCCUUUCCCGAAUGUCUUCUAGAUCUCCUCCUUUCGCUUCCCUCAGUGUCUCAGCUACUUCCGAUGUGAAGGAAGUUGUGGCUACAGAGAAAGCACCAGCUGCUUUGGGACCAUACUCUCAGGCCAUCAAAGCCAAUAACAUGGUCUUCCUUUCUGGUGUUCUUGGACUUAUACCUGAGACUGGAAAGUUUGUCUCAGACAGCGUUGAAGAUCAGACCGAGCAGGUACUCAAGAACAUGGGGGAGAUAUUGAAAGCUAGUGGUGCUGAUUACUCUUCGGUGGUGAAGACAACAAUCAUGCUUGCUGACUUGAAUGACUUCAAGAAAGUGAACGAGAUAUACGCCAAAUACUUCCCAGCUCCUUCUCCAGCAAGAUCGACUUAUCAAGUCGCAGGUUUACCUCUAAAUGCCAAGAUCGAGAUCGAAUGUAUUGCAGCACUCUAG